CGUCACAGGAUUCACACGUCCUGGUUUACGACAGUGUCGUAAAUUGGUCCUUGACAGUAAACAUGGCAAGCCUAGCUGAUGUCGGCUGGAAGCUGCUGGAGUUUAAGGCCAGAUCUAAACGUUCAGAGCUUCAGUAGUGCUGUAGUCCAGUAACUUUCGGCUAACGAACAAAAUGGCCGGCGAGUGUUCCCGUUCCCAACACAGGCUCAACAGACACGGCUCCAUUUAUGAACCUCUCAAGCUGUCCAUCCUGCACCAUGAGGAUGAGCCUCUGUGGGAGAAACUGGACCGGUUCUACAGCGCAGUAAAGUGCACUAUUCUGAACUAUCAGAGCCCCACCACGGGUCUGUUUCCAGUGAAGACCUGCUCCGACUGUAAAGAAGCUAAAGUACGAGAUUCACUUUACUGUGCUGCCAGUGUCUGGGCUCUGGCUCUGGCUUAUAGACGCAUCGAUGAUGACAUGGGCCGCACACAUGAGCUUGAACAUUCUGCCAUUAAAUGCAUGCGAGGAAUUCUCUACUGCUACAUGCGCCAGGCCGACAAGGUGGAGAAGUUUAAGCAGGACCCGAGCCCGUACACGUGUCUCCACUCGGUGUUCAACGUUCGAACAGGAGACGAGAUAUACUCCUAUAAACAGUACAGUCAUCUGCAGAUCGAUGCCGUCUCUCUCUUCCUGCUCUACCUGGUGGAAAUGAUUUGCUCUGGUCUGCAGAUCAUCUACAACACCGAUGAGGUUUCCUUCAUCCAGAACCUGGUGUUUUGCGUGGAGAGAGCGUACCGUGUCCCAGAUUUCGGCAUGUGGGAAAGAGGAAGUAAAUACAACAACGGCAGCACAGAGCUACACUCCAGUUCUGUGGGACUCGCCAAAGCGGCUCUGGAGGCCAUCAAUGGAUUCAACCUGUUUGGAAACCAGGGCUGCUCCUGGUCAGUGAUAUUUGUGGACUUGGACGCUCACAACCGCAACAGACAGACGCUGUGUUCCCUCCUACCCCGAGAGUCACGGUCUCAUAACACGGAUGCGGCCCUUUUACCCUGCAUCAGCUACCCGGCGUUCGCGGUGGACGACGACGCACUUUACAGCCAGACGCUGGACAAAAUCGUCCGGAAGCUUAAAGGCAAAUACGGCUUCAAGAGGUUCCUGAGGGACGGAUACAGGACGGCGAACGAGGACAAGAACCGCAGAUACUACAGACCUGCUGAGAUGAAGCUCUUUGACGGGAUCGAGUGCGAGUUUCCCAUAUUCUUCAUCUACAUGAUGAUUGAUGGUGUGUUCAGAGGAAACAUGGCUCAGGUGAAAGAGUAUGAAGAGCUCCUACAGGCCAUCAUUUUUCAGUCUUAUGAAGGUCAUGCCGUCAUUCCCAAGUAUUACCACGUGCCGGCGGAUUUUGUGGAGGCGGAGCAGAAGAAACACGGCAGCCAGAAACGUUUUCCGAGCAACUCGGGUCGUGACGGGAUGCUGUUCCUGUGGGGUCAGGCUCUGUACAACAUCGCCAAGCUGCUGGUGGACGGUCUGAUCAGCCCCAAAGACAUCGACCCCAUCCACCGCUACGUACCACAUCAGGACCAGAGGAACGUUAGCAUGAGAUACUCCAACCAGGGUCCCAUCGAGAAUGAUGUGGUGAUCCACGUGGCUCUUAUCGCCGAGAGUCAGAGGUUGCAGGUUUUCUUGAACACGUACGGUAUUCAGACUCAGACCCCUCAGCAGGUGGAACCCAUUCAGAUCUGGCCUCAGCAGGAGCUCGUGAAGGCGUAUCGUUUCUUGGCCAUCAAUAAGAAGCUCGGUCUAAGUGGACGUCCAGAGAGACCAGUGGGCUGCAUCGGGACCUGUAAGAUUUAUCGUAUCCUGGGGAAGACCGUGGUUUGUUACCCCAUCGUUUUUGACCUCAGCGACUUCUACCUGUCUCAGGAUGUCAUGCUGCUGAUCGAUGACAUCAAGAACGCCCUCCAGUUCAUUAAGCAGUGCUGGAAGAUGCCGGGUCGGCCGCUGUUCCUGGUUCUCAUCAGAGAGGAUAACAUCAGGGGGAGUCGCUUCAACCCUGUACUCGACAUGCUGGCCUCCUUCAAGAAGGGGAACAUCGGAGGGGUCAAAGUUCAUGUCGAUAGGCUUCAGACUCUGAUCUCCGGAGCUGUGGUUGAGCAGCUGGAUUUUCUUCGUGUCAACGAAGCAGAAAUUCCCGAGUUUAAGAGUUUCGAGGAGCUGGAGCUGCCCAAACACUCGAAGGUGAAGCGUCAGACGAGCACGCCCAACGCCUCGGACCUCGAGCAGCAGCCUGAGAUCGACAUCGAAGAGUGGAGGAACAAAUCCACACACGAGAUCCUGCAGAAGUUCAACGACUGUGUCUGUCUUGCCAGUCAGGCACAGCUCGCUAGCAUUCUUCUAAAAAAAGAAGGUCCAGACUUCUUCAGUAAAGACGAGUACAUGAAGGCCGAGUUGGAGCGAGUCUACAGGAGAGCAGGGAGCAGGAAACUCUGGUCCGUUGUACGUCUCGCUGCCAGUCUCUUAACUAAGCUAGUGGACAGCCUUGCUCCAAGUAUUACUAGCAUUUUAGUGCAUGGCAAGCAGGUGACUCUGGGACUAUUUGGACACGAGGAGGAGGUGAUCUCGAACCCGCUGUCUCCGGCCGUCAUCAAGGACAUCAUUUACAGGAAGUGCAGUCCUCACGGCGAGCGAGAGGCCGUGCUGCAGCAGGAGCUCGUCAUCCACAUCGGCUGGAUCAUCUCGAACAGCCCCGAGCUGUUCAGCGGCAUGCUCAAGAUCCGCAUCGGGUGGAUCGUCCAGGCCAUGAAACACGAGCUGAAGAUCCGCGCGGGAGACAUGCCGCCUCAGGACAUCUACCAAAUGUCACCUAGCGAUGUCAAACAGCUGCUGCUGGACGUUCUUCAACCUCAACAGACUGGCAGGUCGUGGUUGAAUCGGCGUCAGAUCGACGGCUCUCUGAAUCGUACGCCGCUCGGGUUUUACGAUCGCGUUUGGCAGAUUCUGGAGCGGACGAGUAACGGCAUCAUGGUGGGAGGUCUUCACCUGCCUCAGCAACCCACUCUGUCUGAUAUGACCAUGUACGAGAUGAACUUCUCCCUGCUGGUGGAGGACAAGCUGAAGAACAUCGUGCUGCCUGAAUACAGACAGAUCAUUGUGGAGCUCCUGAUGGUGGUGUCUCUUGUGCUGGAGAGAAACCCUGAGUUGGAGUUUCAGGAGAAGGUGGAUCUGGAUCGGUUGGUGAAAGAAGCCUUCAGUGAUUUCCAGAGGGAUCGAGGAAAAACUGACACGGCUCAGAGUGAGAAGAACAUGGAGGCGUUCUAUAACACUCCUCCACUGGGGAAGAGAGGAACCUCCAGCUACCUGACUAAAGCAGUGAUGAUCCAGCUGCUUCAGGGGGAAGUGAAGCCCUGCAAGGAUGACCCCUGCUCCGUCAGCUGAACACACUUUCUCUCUCUCUCUCUCUCUCUCUCUCUCUCUCUCUCUGUGUUCCUUCCCUCAGUCCAUCCUUCCCUCUUUAACAUGUUUAUUUUUAGCAUGUAGAGCGUACUCAGCCUUUGCACUUGCUCUUGUACAUUUUUUAAACUGCACUGUUAGACAGAGUUUUUAUUUUUUUUCAGUCCCCUGAGUGUUCAGCUCACCUCCUGACCGUUUCAUCCCACACUUUCCUCAUUUUCUCGGUUUUUCUUUAGUUUAAACCACGUAACGCUUCAGUUUAUCGAUCUGGCCUGUUGAUGACCCGGUUUAGUCACACUGUUUAAAAAUAAAACGGUUAUACAAUAUAGAGCUUUUAGUAUCAUCAUCCAGUACGCUGGUGAUGAGCGAGAUUUUAAGCGGCGUGUCGCAGAAAUAAAAUGCGACAGCACCAAAAAGAGCUAAGCUCCGCCCACCUGACGGCAUGGGUACGAUUCCCUUGGUCAUACUGUGAGAAUAUGUCCAUUUGUUCUAACUGUUUUUUAGUGAGAGCUGAGAAAUAAUAAAACAGGGUUUUAAUUAGACCAUAGCUAGCAAACUAAUUUUACCAAGCGGUUGCCAUUACUGCGUUUCUUUUAAAUGAUUAAAUUAAAUAACGAGCUGGAAGAGCUCAAUGUUUAGGAAAGAUUUUAAUGUCUAACUUGAAAUAUUUUAAGGUUGUUACAGGAGCUCAUGGGUAAUAAAACACUCAGACAUGUAACCCUUUUCAUUCAUAUCUGCUGUAUUCAUUUAACUUUCUUGCUUUGCUUUUAAAUGGUGGACCGAAUGUGACAAAAUUAAACAUUAAUAUUAUUUAUUAACUUGUUUUACUGCCUUUACUGCCGCUCUAGAAAACAAAUCAAACUAACUAAUUCAAUAGAAUUAACUGAUCCCGCCCACUGAAGGUGAUUGACAGAAUUAUUAAAACCAUGCAGUUAAUGUGCAAAUUCAUAUACAGAGUGCAAAAGUUUGUGCCCCCCAUAGGGAUUCUGAAUGUUAUAUAUAUAUAUAUCUAUGUUCAAAUACAUAUUUAUUUUUUAAUUUAAAGAAUUUCAGAGCAGGACAGUAAUCCAAAUCAUAAUAAGAAAAAAAAUCUUGACAUUUCUGCACAAAUCUGGAUCUUUAAUACUGUAACAUUUGCUAUUUGCUAGUCUCGGAAAACCGAGCACGCUGAACGUCUUUGUUGUGCUACUGCACGUUAGACCGAUUUUACUUUAUCAUUGUGUACAAGUCAUUUAUUCAUUUAUGGAGAUGUAUAAUUUUGGCUCGUUUGGUCCAGCAUAAAUAGCUCUCAUGGUUACGUCGCCUGAUUGUAAAAAAAACUAAACACUGUGAACAGAAAAGACGCUAAGGCUAGGUUUUUCCACUCCCGCCUUUGCUGAUGGAAUUUUCUGCAUGAUUGCCGGGAUACGUUUCUUUCUGCAUGUGGAUUUUUUUUGGUGCAUGAUGGAGUUUUUAAUAUGAAAUGGAACAGCAAGAUGUCUGAAGUUCAGCACUUGGUCUCGGUUAAAUACAAAAGGUUAUUCUACAGUUUUGUUUUAAAAAGAAUUUCACCGCUUUUAGCUGACCUUUCCUCAUCCUAAAGCUCGGGUGGAAUGUGUUAAUGCUCUGUGUGUGUGCUGAAUUAUUGUGUGUGUGUCUUUUACAGCUCCAUAAGACUGAAAUAAAUUCACAUCUGAAGUACA